UCACGCCCCUGUCCCUGCUGCUUGUGUUGCUGAUUUUUUGGUAUUGAUUGAAGUCGCUGCGUGAUUCAGUCAAUUCCUUCAUCAGAUUUCAUCACCAAUUGGACGGAUUUGGUUAUAUCGGCAUGAAUCACUUUGGAUUUUUUGAGGGAGGGAGUGUAUCCCUGUACCUAUCUCUUCGGUUUUGUCCCUGAAAAAAAAGUUUUUAAUCGAAAAUUGGGGCGAAACAUGCUGAACGCCGUAUACGUACUGAACUCUACCGUAUACGUAUUCGGGCCCAGACUAAAUAAAAUGUUGACUUUAUUAUCGAGAAAGAAAAAAAAAUCCAGCAACGUGACAUAGAACCAGCCUGAUCUUGAUAGCGUGCGAGAAAAAAAAAGAGAUCGACGCUCGACCACGGCCCACGGGCAGACCCGAAGGAACAGCUGGCGUCGAACCCAAACCUCGCUGCCUCGGUCGGUCGGUAGCCUGUACACCCUAUACGUAGAAAAUAAGCUACCGUAUGCGUAGAAAAUACGCUACCGUAUGCGUAGCGAACACGCUACCAUAUACGUACCGUAGUCGGACCCGAUACACCGUAUAAUACAGGUCGUCGACGCCCUAAUUUGGCAAAAGCUUUUCCGCGCAAUCGAUCGCAGAGUUUUCGCGCGAACAAGAAACCUCCAGCUCCCCGCUCCGCUCGAAUCGCCCCGUCGCCAUGGCGCAUCACCGGCGCCGCAGCUGCCUGCGCCGUGUCCUCACCAUCGCCGGCGGUGUGUCGGCCGGCCUCCUCCUGCUCGCCGGCGGCCAUACCUACGCCCACGGCCAGCUCUUCUCGCCGGGCUUGCUGCCCCUCGGCCUCGGCGCCGACUGCUCGCCGUCCUUCGCCCCGCCCCCCUUCGCCCCGCCGCCCUUCGCCCCGCCGCCCUUCGCCCUCUCGCCGCUGCCACCCUACCUCCUGUCAGACUUGGAGGCCGACGCCUCACCGCCGCAGCCGGAAGCCAACCUCCCGCGGCGCCUUCUGCCCAUCCACCGCUCGCCGCCCUGCCUCCCCUCGAACUCGGAAUCGGGGGCCGACCGCUCGCCGCCGCAGCACGACGACGCGGAUGCUGUCUUGCUCCCGGACUGGGAGGUUCUUGUCCUGACUGACGCUGAGCCUGGCGCCAAGGCGACGUGCGCCUUCCAGGGUGGAGCGUCGUCCCCGGCGAGCGCGCUUGGGAGGCUGCCGGGGUCGGGCCGCCACGCCUACAUCUGCCCAAUGCCCGAGCCUGCCCGGAGCCUCCAGCCGCUCCAAGCGCCCGUGCUGCUCCCCACUUCGGCUUCCUCUGCCGAUUGCCCUGGCCGCGCAUUGCUGAAUUGGACCGGCCGGAUCGCGUUCAGCUCUGCAUCUCUCGACAGUGGCCAUGUUCUUGUCUUUGCAAAGGGCGUCAACCAUGUUGCUGGCGGUGUCCAAUGCCUGUAUCGCUACUGUGGCGAGACCCAUGCCGUGGUGGCCUCCUUCCCUGCCAUCACGUCCGUACAGCAGGUUACCCGGUGCCCCGCUCCACCGAUCCAUCUGAACUCUAGGAACACAGAGUUCCGUGUCACCGUGGCAGCCACGGGCGAGGAUCCAAUCCCCACACUCGUGACUUAUCGUCCAUGGCAGAGUGAAAGUGGCUUGCCGGUGGCACCGGAAAAGAACCUGAUUUGUGCAUGCACUAUGAUUCACAAUGUCUCAAAGUUUCUUCGCGAAUGGGUGCUGUAUCAUGCCGCUGUCGGGGUGGACCACUUCAUCCUGUACGACAAUGGAAGUAAGGAUGACUUGGCAGAUCAAGUUGCCCAGUUGAGGUCAGCCGGAAUCAGCAUCUCCACCGUGCCUUGGCCGUGGAUCAAAAUGCAGGAAGCCGGCUUCUCCCAUUGUGCCGCAACGCACCAGAGCUCUUGCAAGUGGAUGGCCUUUAUUGACGUCGACGAGUUCGUUUUUUCGCCCAACUGGGAACGAUCUGAGAAGCCGUCAAAAUCGAUGCUUGAGGCGAUUGUUCAGGUUGAUCCAGAUGUCGGGCAGGUACAUCUGUGGUGCUUUGAUUUUGGCCCCUCUGGCCAAACAUCACACCCACAGGAGGGCGUCAUCCAAGGAUACACAUGCCGUCUGAAGAGGUUUCUGAGGCACAAAUCGCUGGUUCUGCUUGCUGCAGUGGACCAUUCUUUGGAGAAUGCAAUUCACCACUUCACACUGAAGGCUGGUUUCAAAAGUAUACGGAGCAUGCAGGCACGUGUGAACCAUUAUAAGUACCAGGCAUGGACCGAGUUCAAGCAUAAGUUCAAACGACGAGUGUCUGCCUACGUGGCUGACUGGAGAGAUCCAAUCAACCUUGAGUCCGCUGACCGGGCCCCCGGCUUAGGCGUUGAUGGAGUCGAACCGGUUGAUUGGGCGCAAAGGUAUUGCGACAUCAAGGAUAACCUGCUUCAGAAAUUGAGCUCAAGAUGGUUCGGUAAUGGAUUGGGAAGUCCGGGAUCUCAGGAUACUUAGGCUUGGCAGUAUCUGUAACCUGCGACUGUCUAGAAGGAUCCAGAGGUAUUAGAGAUGGAACUGUAAUCUAGUUUAAACCUGUCUCCUUGCCUCCCAAGAUCAAUCUAGAUACCAAUCUGUACAUCGCUUGCCACGUUCGGCACCUAUAAAUAAACAUCACGCGGCCUCCAAUGGAGCUGUAGCAUUUCAUCGACACCGCCACCACCAUCUUGGAGGAAUUUCUGUCCAGCGCUGACAAGGAUGGAAGCAGCACUGACAAAUCCUUUCAUAAGGUUCACAGGAUGGCAGUUUAAGUUUGUUGAAGGUUUGGUAUCACUUCUGCUCCAGGUAGGACAUCUUUGAGCAGGACACCAUGCACAAAAGGUUUGGUACUAAUUUCUUGAAAAAAUCGUGCUUUUUGCAGCACCAUCCUGUUGAGCCAUGAGAUUUGAACCAAUGAAUUCAGAUAACAUAUACCAUGUUUAUGGAUCACUACAUGUUCCAUUGGAAGUGGAACAAUGUUUGCUACUUAAUUCUCAAAAAAAUCGUGCUUUCGCAUCACCAUCCUGUGGAACCACGAGGCCUGAUCCAAUUAUUUCAGAGAACAUGUACUAUGUUUAUGGAUCACUACAUGUUCUGGUGGAACAAGUCAGCACCUCCUCGUUUGAUUGCUAUGGACUUCCUUAUUACUACAUUAUUACUCCAGGGUUUGCUAAGGUUCUAUUUUAAUCAUACGAUGAGCAUGGGGUCCACAACAUACUCACAUAGUUACAAAUCUGAAGCACUGGUGCAUAGCCUUGUGCUAGGUAGUGACAGUCCUCUUCUGGAUGUACUUCGGGCUGUACUACUUCCUCGACAAGUUCGCCGGCGACACGUGCACGGCCCUCGAGGAGUACCAGCUGAACCCCAAGAACAGUAUGCUGGGCGCCAUCAUACCCUGCAGCGAGAAGAUGUCCGGCAGCGUCAUCCUGCACGAUGUUGGUGCAGGCAUACACGACAUCAUAGACCAGGUACUCCAAAAGUAACGAAGGAAAAGGAGACGGUGCCAUCGAUGAUUUUCUUGACAGAUGCCAUCUUGUGUCUGUCAUG